CAAGAAAACAAUAAACAGGAAGGGGCAGGGAGAUAUACAGAGACACAAAAACCUCAAACCCACCCCCACCACCACCUCCAAUUAUGGGUGCUGAAUUUCUCCCAAAGCCCAGUCAGAAUCAUGACAUCUCCGGCGAAUCGGACGGUCCUCCGGUCAUCUUAGGCCUCCUUCCGGCGGCUUUAAUUGACCACAUAGCAAGGGUUGACCAAACAAUCCUGUCCACAAUUCCCGGUGAACCUGGUGGUUCUUUCCCUGUUGCAGCAGAGGAGUUGAAACAUUUACUAAAGGAGGUGGAUGCCCAUAUUCUAUCUUCUUCAUGUGAUCUGCCUCCUAUAAAGACUAUAGCUGGAGGAAGUGUGACUAACACCAUUAGAGGGCUUGCAGCGGGUUUUGGGGUCUCUUGUGGAGUAAUUGGAGCUUGUGGGGGCGAUGAACAAGGUGACAUGUUCGUGAAAAACAUGACCCUUCAUGGUGUGAACAUAUCAAGAUUAAGGGUGAAAGAUGAACAUACGGGUCAGUGCAUUUGUUUGGUUGAUGCAUUGGGCAAUCGGACUAUGCGACCAUGCCUUGCUACUGCUGCUAAAGUACAGGCAGGUGAAUUACAGACGGAUGAUUUUAAAGGCUCCAAGUGGUUGGUUGUCAGAUAUAAUAUAUACAAUUUAGAAGUUACUAAAGAGGCUAUCAAAAUGGCAAAACAAGAAGGAGUUCUUAUAUCUCUAGAUUUAGCUAGUUUUGAGAUGGUUCGAAAAUUUAGGGCACCACUUUUAGAACUGCUGGAGUCGGGUAACAUUGAUCUUUGCUUUGCAAAUGAAGAUGAAGCCGCUGAACUUUUAAGUGAUGAGCAAGUGGCUCAACCCGAGGCUGCACUUGAUGUCUUGGGCAAAUACUGCCAAUGGGCAGUGGUCACAUUAGGUGCUAACGGAUGUAUUGCAAGACAUAAGAAAGAGGUUGUGAGAGUUCCAGCUAUUACGCACACGAUGGCCAUUGAUGCAACCGGGGCUGGAGAUCUCUUUGCAGGUGGAUUUUUGUACGGUUUGGUAAAAGGACUGUCUCUUGAGGAAUGUUGCAUAGUCGGGUCUUGCAGUGGUGGAUCUGUGAUUCGGUCGCUUGGUGGGGAAGUAUCGCCGGAAAACUGGCAAUGGAUGUAUAAGCAAUUGAAAAACAAUGGUCUUUCUGCUCCUAACAUUGUAAAUGAUGUCUAGGAUGAGUUAUAUUUAUGAACCAAAAAAGGUCUUGUAUCAAGUCCAAGUUGUUAAGUUAGACAUUUUGUCUGUGUCUUCUCUAAAUUUUUGGAAUGAAUUUCUAAGACUGAUCAAAUAUAUGAUGAAUGACCUGUUUUUUGUUU